UCAAAAGUCCAAAGGGUAAAAGGCAGGAGUUAUAUAAAAAAGUCUCUCAAGCAACAGCCUCUUUCUGACUUGUCUCAGCUCAUAGGGCCUCCAGGAUCAUGGCCUACAAAAUGCUUCAAGUGGCCCUGUGUUCAACAUUGCUAAUAGGAGCACUGGGAGCACCAUUUUUAUUGGAGGACCCAGCAAACCAGUUCCUACGUCUCAAAAGACACAUAUAUUUGCAGGAUUACUGGGACCCAGAUCACAGUCCGAAUAUGUGGGGAAAAACACUGGCUGAUCAGGCUCGUGAAACAUGGACUGCUUUGAAAACAACAGCACAGCAUUAUCUGAAUGUGAAUAUUUUCACCUUUGAUACAUCUACUGCCCAGUAAAUGUGCUUUGCUGGUUAAACCAGGAUAGCAAGAAUAGUGGGAGUCAAAAAGUGAUGCUGUGCCCAAACCACCAGCUUUGGAGACCUGGGAGCAAAUCCAUGCCAUUUACCAGAUUAUUUAUUAUGUCUGCUUCAUGGACCUGUUGAAAGGAGUAAAUAUGAAAAUCCAUGUAGAGGCCUAGAAUUAGAAGUUCUCAAUAAAUGGUAACUUUUAAAAUGAGAACUAGAAUAAAGACUGAAGAAUAACAUUUACAAAAAAGGGGGCUCUUGGGGAAAAGGAAAUAAGAAACAAAAAAGUAGUGUUAUUAAAAUUCUCUAUCCAAAAAGAAAAAAAAAACUGUUGUAGCUCUUGCUUUCUAUUGCUUCUUCUUUGAGAAAACGAGUAGACUUUUUAAUUCAAGGAAGGAAAAGUGUUCUCUCAAAUGGAGCUAGUCCUCUCCUCUUUUCUUCAGUACUUAUCACUUCCUAAAGCCCGUCUAUUCUAAGAACAUAUUUUUGAAACUUUUUUUAUCAGAGCGUACUGCUGCAGGCAAUAGAGAAUAAAAUCUUAACUCAUAAUGGGGAGCAGAUGACGAUUAGGAAGCCCCUUAUCUAUAAGUCUUCCUUAUAAAGUUUGAAAUUUUGUGCAAGUCUUGCAUUCUGAUCCAUAAUAUGUUUAUGUUUGUUUCAAUAUGAAAUAACAGUUUUAAAGAAAUCUCACACUCAUUAUCAGUCACUCCCCAUUCCCCCAUGCCCCAGCCCCUAGUAAUCAGUAAUAAAUUUUUCAUAGCUAUAAAAGUAAGAAAGAAAGAAAGAAAGAAAGAAAGAAAGAAAGAAAGAAAGAAAGAAAGAAAGAAAGAAAGAAAGAAAGAAAGAAAGAAAGAAAGAAAGAAAGAAAGAAAGAAAGAAAUGAAGGAAGGAAGGAAGAAGAAGAAAGAAAGAGAGAAAGGAACAUUUUUAACCUACUGGUCAGGUUCUUUUAUUAAUCUUUCCAAUAAAACUGAAAAAUUAA